AUGUCGCACACCAUCUCGCCGCCUUUCACUCCGGACACUGAGUUCGCCGGCCUCGAGACCCCCCGCGGACCAUCUCAAGGCCUGAACAUCACAGCGCUGGCCCGCUUCGAGUUCGAGGCCGGAAAAGGAAAUGAUGGAACUAAGAUCCUGAUGAUCGAAUGGGAGGACGAUGACCUCGGCCGCUCCUCGACCUCCCCCGGGGGCUCCUGGCACGUUGCCUGGGAAGGCAAGAAGGCCGUCCUCCCUGCCGACGAGCGCACCAACGAAAAUACCCGCCGCUUCUACUUCCUGCUGCCGCCUCAUGUCACCAUCCCGCCGGUCGUGACCCUCUCGUACGAACCCCCCGCCACAUCCUCGACCUCGGCGACAACGAUCACCCCGAGGACGAACUCGCUGCAGUUGAACCCGCUCCCUGCCAUCUUCCCACCGGAGCUGGGCGCGACAGGCCGCUCGGCGGGGAAGAAGGGCGUCUUGCACACGAUAUGGGCGAAGAAGCGGCUGCAGGUCCUGGAGAAGGAGAUCCGCGAGGAGUGCAUGAGCAACGCCGAGGGCAUCGCGCUGCACAUGGCGCUGCAGGAGAAGGAGUGGAUCGAGAGCAAUUUCGGCGUGGGAGCGAGAUCAGAGGCCCAGACGCAACUUGCCCAGGACUCGCGCUAUCCGAUGGGUCCCACCACCCCCGUGUCUCCCAGUAGUGGGGGAGGAAAACUGGGCGAGAAGCUCCGCGGACUGAAGUUGCAGACAAGCCAGCGAGAGCUGUCUCCGAAGAUGGAUACAUCCAACACGCACCAUCUUCUUUCCCCGCAGUCGCCCGACGUAGCUGUCUCGUCCUUCAACUCCUUCCACAGCAUCCAAUCCAUCUCCAACCUUGCGUCCAACUCCCCCGCCCCCGACUCCACCGUGAAAACCGUAGUACACUACCCCCCGGACUUCAUCCAAGCGCAGCAGAACACCGGCGACCACAGCAGUGGCUUCGCGUCCAUGACUACGCUCGCGCGCACCUCGAGUGCCGACUCGGGCGAGGACCUGUUCGCCAAAGCGCUGAGUCCGCGGUCCCCUGAUCUGCCGCGGAGUCCGUUUUCGUUUGCUCCUGAAACAUUGCAUAUGUGA